CAGCGGGAUACAUCCAGUCAGCGCGCGCCGCGGCCGUUAGUAGUAAAACCAUGCAAAGAUGGCGGAGCUACAAAUGCUGCUGGAGGAGGAAAUUCCUGCAGGACGGAGAGCUUUACUGGACAGUUUUACCAAUCUGGAAAGAGUAGCGGAGUACUGCGAAAGCAACUAUGUCCAGUCGGCAGACAAGGAGCGAGCCCUGGAGGAGACGAAGAGCUACACCACCCAGUCUCUGGCCAGCGUGGCGUACCUCAUCAACACGCUGGCCAACAAUGUGCUGCAGAUGCUGGACAUCCAGGCCUCGCAGCUCCGCCGCAUGGAAAGCUCCGUCAACCACAUUUCACAGACCGUUGACAUCCACAAAGAGAAGGUGGCGAGGCGGGAGAUCGGCAUCUUGACCACCAAUAAGAACACGACCCGCUCGCAUAAAAUAGUUGCACCGGCCAAUCCAGAGAGGCCGGUGCGCUUCAUCAGGAAGGCCAUCGACUACAACGUGCUGGACGACAUUGGACAUGGCGUGAAGUGGUUGUUGAGGUUCAAGGUCAAUGGCCAGCAGAACAUGAAACUAGGUUUGAGCCUGUCCCGGUCCAACCCCCCCACCCAGAAACCGCCCAGCCCUCCGAGGGCAGGAAAGGGCAUCCUAGGGAAGAACUCCCCCUAUAGGACACUGGAGCCGGUGCGCCCCCCAGUGGUGCCCAACGAUUAUGUCUCCAGUCCCACCAGAAACAAUGUGGCCGUGGGACAGGCUCCGAGUCCGGCCCGCACUGCUACCCUGCACCAUCGACCCCGAACAUACAGUGGUAGCAGUGGGGGCAGCCAUCCCAGCAGCAGCAGUCGGAGCAGCAGCAGGGAGAACAGUGGCAGCGGCAGCGUGGGAAUUCCCAUCGCCGUGCCGACGCCGUCCCCGCCCUCCACAUUCCCAGUUUCUCCAACUGCUGGACCCGCUAGCUCUUCCUCCACUGCUCCUAACUCCUCUCCCUCCGCGUCCCCUACUCCUUCCUCCUUCUCCUCUUCUUCCUCCACCACAACCUUAACGCAACCCAACGCACCCUUAUUACCAAACUCAUCUACGCAACACACCGACUCCCCUCCUCAACCGAACCCACAAUGCAAUGCACCCGCCGACACGUCGCCGGCCUCUGACCCCGCCCCCAGCACCUCUGAUGUCCAAUCAGUUGUUUUUCCUGGAGAGCUGUCCCCUCUCCUUCCUCCUGCCCCUCCUCCUCCACUCUCCUCCUCUUCCUCCGCCUCAUCACCCACCGAAGGUCCCACCGUCCCUCAGUUCUUCAGCAUGAACCGGCCUCAGCCCCGACUGCAGGCUCAGCAGGUGGGGGGGUCCCUGCCAUACCGCCGCCCCCCCUCUGUGACAGGUCAGCCCAUAGUAAUGGAGAACCAGGUCAACGGCAAUCCUUACUACAACCAAAGCCCAGCCUCCCCCCCGCCCCCCUCCCUUCUCCAGUUCAGUCCUCAGCUUCCGCUGAUGGGUUUCGUUGCUCGAGUUCAGGAGUCCAUCUCCGACGUCUGCCCUCACCCAGCGGCCGAGAGCAAAUCUGGGGCCGAGGAGCCCCUCCUUUCUCCUCAGCCACUGGAGGACGGACAGCAAGAGGAGGACUCUGCAGUGGUGGAGUACUGCGACCCGUACGCCGAGGAAGACCCACCGUGGGCCCCCAGGAGCUACGAUGAGAAAGUGGUGGCCAUCUACGACUACGCAGCCGACAAGGAGGACGAGUUGUCGUUCCAGGAAGGAGCGAUCAUCUACGUCAUCAAGAAGAACGAGGACGGCUGGUACGAAGGCGUGAUGAACUCCACCACGGGCCUCUUCCCCGGAAACUAUGUGGAGUCCAUCAUGCACUACGCCGACUGAGGACCCACAGCAGCGUCGUUGUGUCCUCGUCUGUUCAGUCUGUUGGCCUCCGCGUUGCCUCGCUCCAGUUCAGCUUCCCGGUUCGGAACGAGAAGGGAAAAGCUUUUAUUUUAUUGUGACUUAUUCAGAUGAGAAUAAUCAGAAUCUGUGAGUGAGUAUGAGUACACACGCAUACAGUUCACAGUUCACAGUGUGAACUGUAUGAGAAACAGUUCCCACUGUUUUGUUCUGAUUUUCCGAGCAGCAUCUGUCUGGUUUUUCCCAAUUGGCCGGGCAUUUAGGGCUUUCUUAAUGCUGGUUCGAUUUGUGUACUAAUAAAGUAUUAAUAAGGUUGCUUGUUGGAGAACUGAGGGGCAUUUCAGGCAUGUUAAUGUUGUUAUUUGCCGUGAGUUUCACUCCAGAUGUGUUUGAUGUGAAGGAUCCAUUGUUGCUUUUCCUAUUCAGACGGUCAGAAAAGUUUUCCUUUUGAUCAACAAUAAUAAAAAGUUAGUUUUUUUGAAAUCACAAAAUCAUUAUUUAAUCCUUAAUCACAAGAGGCAUAGCCUGACUGCAAAUCUAAAAUUACCAAAAUAUAGCACGUCUGGUUACAUGAAGGUAACAUGUAGCAAUGAUUAUAAAGCGAUUUAACAAAUCAAGUGUUCAAAGGCGCUUUUAGAGUAAGACAUUACAGUCUUCUCACUGUUUAUUUAUUCCACUGAUGGAAGAAGCUCUGUAAACAUUAGUUUACACAGAGAAUUCAGAAUUUCUGUCUCCUCAACACCUCAACAUCACCUUUUUUCAAUCAUGGAAUGAUCAUUUUUAGUUUACAGGAAAACAAAUCAUUUAAUAUUCAGCCAAUAUUUUUUUGUGAUCAACAAAAUGUGUUGAUACUUUUGUUUGCGUGACUUCUCUGGGCUUCCGUAGUUUUGUCCUCCGCUACCCUCAUUCUACUUUUAGCACUAACAGUGUUUUUAAGUUUCGCCCUAACAACUCUCCAUCCUCCUUCCGCUUUUUAAAGUAAGCGAUCUUCUCCCUUUUUACCAUCAUCAUCAUCCUCAUUCACGUCGACCUGAACUGCUUCAGUCUUAAUAGUUAAGAAGAUCAUUUAGACGCUGCUGUUGCAACGGACCGCUUCACCCACGUACCGCCACGUAUUUUAUUUAUACUCCGCUUCCCUUUGAGCUUUGCCUUAACAAUUUACUUUUUCAAGAGCCUUACCUCCGUUCUUAUCUGUCAAUGAAUGAUUAAACUUAACCUGUUAUUGCUUGUAUUCAUAUUGAUCAACAUGGAGAGGAGGAGGUUCGCUCCACAGAACAAAUUGAAUUUUGACUUAUUUGAAGUGUGACUUCUGAGCUUUUUUCCCUCCUGGACCUGAACGACGCGCCUGCCGGAGAUUCUGGACCUGAAGUUCACGGCGUGGUUGCCUGCAUGCCUGAUAUAUAACGGACAUUUCUAAUCACAAUGACUUCAUAUUUGGAUUACUUUUCACCAACUUGCUUUAUUGUUUGAUCAGCUGGAGGUUGUGACGUUUUUGUUCAGUAGUGUUUAAAAAGAGCUAUUAAGUGUGUUUGGACUCCAGACUGACUCUCGAACAGAAGGUGGAUGUUGUCGUGCCAUAGGAGUGUGUGUGUGUGUGUGUGUGUGUGUGUGUGUGUGAGUGAGAGACAGAACCAAACCUUCCCUUGUGGACCGAAGUGACUAUGGACCUGAAACCGUGUCUUCUUCUUGUUCGGUGUUAUUAUAAGAGGCACAACAAGCAGAGAAGGCCAAUCUCUGAGAGCAAAGCAGAUAUUUUCAGCUACGUCUUAUUUUCCUGAAGAUGGAGUCUGUGUGCUCAGUAUGAAAAUGUUCACUACAUUCACUACUUCCUGUUUCUGGUGAACUGACCGGCGGCAUACAGCAGGAACACUAAGCAGCCAUGAGUGCUUCACAUUGAAUUAUUUAACUUUUUAGUGGUGUAAAUAAGCUUCCUGGUUCUUCUAUUUGUGUACAUUUCAGCGUUGUUAUCACACUGUAGACGUUAAUGACACAUUUCCUGCCAGACAGAAGUUUGUUGUUUUUCCAUUCCGAUUGAUCCGAGUCAGGUAACAUUCCGACAUUCGUUCAUAAGGUUUGGAUCAGACUCAUGACACUAUACAACUGAACGUAUUGGCAUAUUCUGAUUUGUUGCAUUUGGAUAAGUUUGUGGAUAUAUCCAUUUAAUAUAGAACUUUUAUUAAUUGUUUUAUCAGCAAAGAGCAGUUUAUUAAGUGUUGAAGUUGUAAUUAAACACUACAUGUGAGACCUUU